GCUUGGGAAGCCGCCGGCGCCCCUUUGCCUCCCCGCAGCGCCGUCCUCGUUCGACCCCGGAGCAUGGCUUCGGAUCGGCCGGUCCCUGGGGCCGGGAGCUGCUUUGGAGAGCUCCCGCCGCCUUACGCGGCUGCCGCUGCCAACUCGGAUCUUCUCCGGAGACCCAGCUACUGCCACGCUGCCUUUGCCCUCAAACAGAUCUCCAAGGGUAAGGCUGUGGGCCAGAAAGCUCCGCUGUGGCUACGGGCCCAGUUCCAGGCCCUGCUGUUUACACUGGGCUGCUGGAUCCAGCGUCACUGUGGCAAAGUACUCUUUGUGGGGCUGCUGGUCUUUGGGGCACUGGCUGUAGGGCUGCGAGUAGCCUCCAUUGAGACAGAUAUUGAGCAGCUCUGGGUGGAAGAAGGCAGCCGUGUCAGCCAGGAGCUCCGAUACACAAAGGAAAAGCUAGGAGAAGAAUCUCUCUACACAUCCCAGAUGCUGAUACAAACUCCCAAACAAGAAGGAGAAAACAUCCUGACCUCAGAAGCCUUGGGAAUGCAUCUUGAAGCUGCUCAGGCUGCUAGCAAAGUGCAAGUCUUACUCUAUGGAAAGUCUUGGGAUCUCAACAAAAUAUGCUACAAGUCAGGUGUCCCCAUAAUUGAGAAUGGAAUGAUUGCACGGAUGAUCGAGAAACUCUUUCCCUGUGUUGUUGUGACCCCACUGGACUGCUUCUGGGAUGGUGCCAAGCUGCAAGGGGGUUCUGCUUACCUUCCGGGCCGACGGGAUAUCCAGUGGACCAACCUAGAUCCAAUUCAAUUGAUGGAAGAGCUGGGCCAGUUUGCCUCACUAGAAGGAUUCAAGGAGAUGCUGGAUAAGGCAGAGGUUGGCCAGGCCUAUAUGGAGCGGCCUUGCCUUGACCCCUUUGACCCUGAGUGUCCUACUAGUGCCCCCAACAGCCAAAGCCAGAAGGAACCAGACAUCCCCUCUGAGCUCACAGGUGGCUGCCAUGGAUUUUCCAGAAAAUACAUGCACUGGCAAGAGGAGCUGAUCCUGGGUGGAACAGUGAAGGACUCCCAGGGCAAACUGCAGAGAGCUGAAGCCCUGCAGAGCAUGUUCCUGCUAAUGAGCCCACGGCAGCUCUUUGAGCACUACCGCGAUGACUACGAGAUACACGACAUCAGCUGGAGCGAGGAGAAGGCAGCUGCAGUGCUGGAGGCCUGGCAGCGGGAGUUUGUUGAGCUGGCCCAGGAAUCCCUCCCUGCAAAUUCCUCCCAGACUAUCCACGCCUUCACCACCACCACCCUCAAUGACAUCAUGAAAUCCUUCUCCGAUGUGAGCGCCAUCCGUGUGGCUGGCGGGUACCUUCUGAUGCUAGCAUAUGCCUGUGUCACCAUGCUGCGCUGGGACUGCUCCAAAUCACAGGGUGCUGUGGGCCUGGCUGGCGUUCUCCUAGUUGCCCUUUCAGUGGCAGCAGGACUUGGACUCUGCUCCCUGCUAGGCAUCUCAUUCAAUGCAGCCACCACCCAGGUGCUCCCCUUCUUGGCACUGGGCAUUGGUGUGGAUGACAUGUUCUUACUGGCACAUGCCUUCACAGAGACCAGCCAAGAUGUUCCUGUUAAGGAGCGAACUGGUGAAUGCCUCCGGCGUAGUGGUACUAGUGUGGCACUCACCUCUGUCAAUAACAUGAUCGCCUUCUUCAUGGCCGCCCUUGUGCCCAUCCCAGCACUGCGUGCCUUCUCUCUGCAGGCUGCUGUAGUCGUCGUGUUUAACUUUGCCAUGGUGCUGUUCAUUUUUCCUGCCAUCCUGAGCCUGGACCUUCACCGGCGUGAAAACAAGAGGCUUGACAUUCUGUGUUGCUUCUACAGCCUCUGCUCCUCCCGCAUCAUCCAGAUCCAGCCACAAGAAUACGCUGAUGCGAAUGACAGCCACACUGCACCUGCUUAUUCCCAUGGUCAUCCGGCACUGACCACCAGCACACGCAUCACCACUACUGUGCAGGCCUUCACCCAGUGCGACCCCUCUGGGCGGCACGUGGUCACCAUCUUACCACCCACGCAGCAUGUCUUCACUACCCCCUCCACUCUCGUACCUGCCAACCCUUUGGGCUCACAAGUCUUCACUCCUGCCAGCUCCACCCGUGAUCUUCUGGCACAGCUGGAUGAGGGCAAAGGUGCCCAGGAGUGUGUACCAUUGCCCUUCUGUCGAUGGAACCUUUCCAGCUUCGCUCGUGACAAAUAUGCACCCGUCCUGCUGCAGAGCCAGACUAAGGGAAUUGUGGUAGCCCUAUUCCUGGCACUGCUGGGAUUGAGCCUUUAUGGUACAACCAAGGUGCACGAUGGGCUCUACCUGACAGAUAUUGUGCCACGAGGCACGAAAGAGCACGCCUUCAUUUCCGCUCAGUUCAAGUACUUCUCCUUUUACAACAUGUUCGUGGUAACCAAGGGAGGCUUUGACUACCCCAGCUCACAGGAGGCCCUCUAUGACCUGCACCAGGCCUUCAACGCCAUCCAAUACGUAGUGCGUGAUGAGAACCGCCAAUUGCCUAAAAUGUGGCUGCACUACUUCCAGGACUGGCUGCGAGGUCUACAGAUAGCCUUUGACCGGGACUGGGAAGCUGGGCACAUCACCAAGGAGAAUUACCGAAACGGGUCAGAGGAUGGUGCUCUGGCCUACAAGCUCCUCAUCCAGACAGGCAACAAGAAGGAACCCGUCAACCUAAAUCAACUGACAACUCGCCGCCUGGUGGAUGAGAAUGGGAUCAUUCCCCCUGACAUCUUCUACAUUUGCUUGACCGUGUGGGUGAGCAAUGACCCCCUUGGCUUUGCUGCCUCCCAGGCCAACUUCUACCCACCACCACCAGAGUGGAUCCAUGACAAGUACGAUGCCACUGGAGAGAACCUUCGAAUCCCAGCUGCACAGCCCCUGGAAUUUGCUCAGUUCCCUUUUUACCUCAACGGACUGCGGCAGACAUCGGACUUCGUGGCAGCCAUCGAGAGUGUGCGUGCCAUCUGUGAUGAGGUGGCCCAGACACGGGGUGUGCUCAGCUACCCUAGCGGCUACCCUUUCCUCUUUUGGGAGCAGUACAUCGGCCUGCGUCACUGGCUUCUGCAGGCCAUCAGCAUUGUGUUAGCCUGCACUUUCCUGGUGUGCACCCUGCUGCUCCUCAAUCCUUGGACAGCCAGUAUCAUUGUAUUUGUUCUGGCUAUGAUGACAGUUGAGCUCUUUGGCAUCAUGGGCCUGAUGGGCAUCAAACUGAGUGCCAUCCCUGUAGUCAUCCUCAUUGCCUCUGUGGGCAUUGGUGUGGAAUUCACCGUACAUGUCGCCCUGGGUUUUCUCACAGCCAUUGGCAACCGGAACAUGCGCUCCACUGUAGCCCUAGAGCACAUGUUUGCUCCUGUGAUGGAUGGUGCUGUCUCUACUCUGCUUGGCGUACUCAUGUUGGCUGGCUCGGAAUUCGACUUCAUUCUGAGGUAUUUCUUCGCUGUGCUCACCAUCCUGACAAUUCUGGGGCUGCUCAAUGGCCUGGUGCUACUGCCUGUCCUGUUGUCUAUCAUUGGACCACCAGCAGAGGUCACACCCGCCGAUAAUGGCAGCCGCUUGCCAACUCCGUCCCCCGUCCCCCCACCCAUCAGCCACCACAGCUUUUAUGUUCGCCAGCAGGGCGGGGCCUUUGGCGACUCCUCAGAUUCAGAGUACUACUCGGAGAGCACUGGGGCAUCAGACAUCGGUGAAGACGACCGCAGCACCUACAUCAUCCCUCCAACACAAUCACACAUCUUGGUCAGGGCCAGCAAAAGCCCCAGCUUCCCCAAAAUCACCGUGGUGAAAAGCUACAAGACAAGCCUAGAAUCGCCUCUGUCAUUGUGCAGCCCAGAUUGGACCCAGCCCACAAUCCCCCGGACCCACUUGCCAACCGCCGCCGUGAUCAAGGAAGCUUCACAGCAGCAAGAGCAGCCAAACCACAGACUAGGGCCUCGGCUGGCUCGGACUGCCCCCAUUCCCCCUCGGACCGACCCCAUUGCUCACCGCACCAAAGUGCCACCUCUUGGACCAGGUGGCACAUUUACCACAGUUACAGCCACUGCGUCAGUGAUGCUGGCCUUGCACCCGUCCCUGCCUGGCUCCUGCCGGGGCUACACACACGAGGGCUUUGAAUCUGAUGGCCCUGAGGAGACUGGCAUAAACCCAUCUGACAGUUUGGAACUGCAAGACCUACACCAGAGACACUAGCUCCCCACUUUGACAGGCCAAAACCCUGCCUCUAGAACUCCCGCCUCAGGAAUGGGAUGUGCACAGAGGCCCAGGUGAGGGCAGAGGCCCAGAUUGUUCUCUCUCUUUCUCUCUCUCUCUCUCACACACACACACAUACACACCAGACUGUGAAGCAGGCUGGAUUUGUGGAAAUUCCUGCACUGUGUCUGACCAACUGUAGACAUAGAUGGUGCCUUUGAGAACUGGAGCAAGGAGGCCAGAUGAGCUUCUGUAGUAACCAUUCAGUGAAAACGUUGAUGGGAGAAUCUCUCAGCAUCUGGUACUCCACUUUGCUGUGUUUUGUUUCUCUAGGUCUAUCUGCCACCCAAAAGUACACUGGUUUCUUGGUUUCCAGGGCUUCUGGCUUCAGAACAACCCCAGUCUUCGUCCUUAUGCUGGACUGACUGACUGGCCUAGCAUCGGGCCCAUGCACCUACAGACAGGUCAAGUUCCAGUCCCAUCGAGUCUGGAAAAUGGACAUGACCAUUCCCCAUAUGCGAUGUGAACCGUCUCGUGGCCAUCCUUGGGGCAGGGCAUCAGAAUGGCCCAAACACCCAACCUCCCGUGGAGAGAACAGGACUCAACUUUUGUGUGAGGGAACUCUCCCUCAUUGUGCUGCUAUUCUUUUAUUUUAAUUAAUAUUAAUAUUAUUAUUAUUUUAAGCUGUAUAAAAAGAGUCACAAACCCUCCCCCUUUAUAAUUAUAAUAAUUAUUUUUUAUUAUUUUCACAGCUCCCUCAUUAAAAAAAAAAGUGGCGGUAUCCCUUUAAGGGGAAGCACCAGGGUGAAGUUGUAAUGGGGAGAGCACCACCCCCUGGGAGUGUGGAGUGGAGGGAGCAUGCAAUGGAGGGGCACAAUGUAUCUUAACGUUCUAUGCAAGCUGUGUGGGGUGGGUUGCGCUCUGCUCCCGCUCCCACCAGCAUGGCUGCCUGUGCCAGCAUCUGCCAUGUGGUUGUUUAAAAUUGUUCAGUUCCUCCCUAUCCUAUCCCAGACCCGAAAAUCUCUCCUCUGUGCCCUAUUCCUUAGCUCUUUUGCCUCUUUUAUCAGCCCAAGAUAGUCCAUCACAUAAGUGCUGCGUAAGCAAAGCUAAAGUGUACCUCCUAUUAGUGUUUAAGCUUCCAGUUUCAUGAUUUCCCAAGAAUAUCAGUUAAUUCAUGACUCAUAGAAGACAGGGAUAGUUCAGGAAAGAGAAUCUGGCCAUACAGUUUGUUGGCUCUGGAAGGUCUCCAGACAGGACAGUUGUCCCUGGAGAUCAGAGCUGGGCCUUCUGGAAAAGCAAUUUGUACAGGUGUGGAUUUGUGUCUUUCUGAUUCCAUCCUUUAAGAGAGGCUUCUCACAAAAUAUUUUGUAUUCUGACACAGCUGGAUGAGUACAAAAUGCAUGUGUACUGUGUUGCUAGGGAGGGAAUGUUCGAGGUAGCUGGAGAGAACAACACUUGAAUAAGAAAACUAGGUGCCCUUGUGAUAAGUUCAGCCCUUCACUGCCCUCUUGAGGAAGUGUAUAAUACAUUACUCCAUAUUCUCAUUGGGGUUGAUGGCACACACCAUUUUGGGUCUUUUAACACACAAUGAUUUUUUUCUGGUAGUGAGAUAAUUGGUUUCCUGACUUGCAUAGUUGUAGUACAACCACAAGUGAUGAUACACAGAGCUUUUCCCUCCUUCCCUACACGGAGGUUAUUUCUGUGUUGGGGGGGCGGGGAACUCGCAUGUAAAAUUACCCUUUGAAUUGACCCAACAGGAAUAUUUGGGUGGCAGAAAUCUCUUCCACUCAGAAAGAUCUCCAUGUAGUCAUUAGGGCAGAAAGUGUUCAAAGGAAAAGGCGAAGGUUGGGCAAAACAUUUCAUUUCCUGCCCAAAAGCAUGAGUGCUGUGGUUGCUGUUUCUGAACUAUCUCUUUCUGGUUCAGCUUCUUUGGCUGAAAAAUCUAGAAAUGAACACUUGGCAACUGGGUUGGUUCUAAAGGACAAGUUCCAUUUCCAUCUGAUACGCUUGGUUUCCACAUAACCAAGUCAAAAUUGCUUUAUGGAACAUUUCAGUUAUUCCAUUCUGGUUCAGGACAGAAAUCUGAAAUUUGCAUGAAAUUUAAAGUGCUAGUUUCUAGCCAGCUCUGUCCUGGAGAUCCCAAGGGAAUGGCUCACACCAUAUAUAUUGAAACACAAAACUUUCUGGAUUUAACAAAAUAUUUUAAAUUAUUUCUUUCUUCCUUUCUUUUUGACAUGCUAUAAAAGAAAAAGGAUGGGAGCUAAAGCAAUAUUCUCUUUUGGUUAUAAUCAUUUACAUGAUGUUACCAGCACCCCUAUAUUAAAACACAGCUCCCAUCAUUUCACCUGAUGGGUUUUUGAGUUUGAUGGAGAGCUGCAGUUUUCCGCACUAGAAAAGAAGUUUAAAAUUCUCAUGAUUUUAUUAGUCAGAGCUGUUGCAACCCAACAGACAGUACAAGCAGCUGCCUGGAGCUCAAAGUUAAAUGGUAAAUCUCUCAGCUGAAAGCACAAUUCCCUACUUCAGACCAUUGGAAUAAUGAUCUGAGAUGGGGGCAGCUGGUGUGUCCCCAGCCCUGCCAGAAGUGAAUCCAUUUACUUGUUUGGAAGAGGAAACGUGAGCUGCAACUGGGGGGAAAAAACCUCUUUAAAGUUUUUUUAAAGGAAAAUACAAACACCGUCACCUUGAGUUGGAAACAAUCCUCUACCAGCACCCUUCUUACAGUAAGAUGCAAGGAGUGGGGAGCACAAUUAUUUUUCACCCAAGCAAGCAAAAUUACUUAAGCUCGUCCUGAAUGAUUACAGGUUUGGGAAUUUCAGACUUCAGUAGGUGCUCCCUGCUCCAUUUCCAGAAAUUGCUCAGCAUGAUUCUGCCCAGCAAUUAGACACUAGGAGUUUGCCCUCUUAACAAUGGUAUUAAUAUGUACAAUGAGUUAACACUUUACAUUGUAAAGUUUACAGCUUUGUCUUUAGAAUUAGAUAAAGCAGUGCAGCUGUCCUUUAACUACUACUUGGGAAUACGGUUGUGUGUCCCCUUGAGGCUGAAGCACCACAGUCAGCUUACUUGUAUAGGAGAGCAGGGCUGAUUCACCCUGAAUUCAUUUCCCCAGUGGCAUUCCUCCUUCUAAACCCCAGGCACUUUAAAUAACCCCUAACCCAAGAACUGCUGUAAUUUUAUUCUCCAGCCUACAUUGGAUUCCCUAUCCAUUUUUUUCUGCCAAGGGCAUUUUUGCUGAGGUUUUCACAUUUUGGUUGUAAUGUGAAAGCUUCAGUAGGACUGGGCCUCCUGUUAAAAUGAACUCAUUCAGCUAUCAGUAGAAACAUGCCAUACCUGGACAUUGGAUUUGUCCAGUUUCCCCCACCAUGAAACUACUAUAUAGGCCAGAAACUACUGCCAAGGUUAGGAUUUAGCAAUAGUUGACAUGUGUUCUAAACCUCUCCCCCUCUUCCUUCCACCCACCCACCAUCUAAAAACAGUGAUGUGCUUCUAGGAAACUCACAAUAGAAAUGGUGCUUCCCGCCCCCCCCUCCCCAAGUCUGGAACCAGCAAAGCGUGGGGAAAUGGUGGAAAGGGGACACAUGGUGUAUGCAUGUGUGUAUUUGUGUGCGCGUGUGCAUGUGAGUAUGUAGAGGGUGUGCUGGAGACUUUUUAACCUGAAAAUGUCAUGCCAUAUAAAUUAUUUAUAUGAAAAAGAAAAAAGAUUUAUUUUUGUAGUUUGUACAGACCUCUAGCCUUGCAAUGGAAGUUUUAUUUUUAAAAGUAAAUAUAUAUUAUAUA